AUGCUGCAUGCAUGGUAUCACCAAACGCACUGCGAUCUUUUCCGCUUCACCAUCCCCGGAUUCCGCGAAGGCCUUCCCGCGUCGGAGAUCCUAAAUCUGUCACCCGAGUUCACAGCGUCUUGUCGGGAAAAGUGUCUCUCCCACGCUAUUUCCGUUUCAAAAAUCCUUGAAAUUCCAAAACUUGUGGGAAGUUCUGAACUCAUCAGCGAUCCGUCAAUGGCGAUGUGUGCAUUUCACUCUGCGAGAAUUAUAUCAAGACUUGGACAGUAUCCUAUGGGUAAUAUGCCACAGAUGGACUUGGUAGCCAGACUGACUGCCUGUUCGGAAGCGUUGGGAGAACAAGCUACGAUCUUGCCCACGACAGCGAUAUUAUUGAAGGGUAUAAAUGAUUUGUUGAAUGAUGCGCAGAGGAAUAGAGAUGGACCAUCGAUCUGGGAUGAGGAAGAAUCAGAAAGCAACAGAUUUUCAAGACCGCAAGUUAGAGAGGUCUUUUCCAAGCACAGUGUUACAGACGUUGUUCAGAAUUUGAACUUUCAAGAAGAACAAGAUGGUAUAUCGGAAGCUGAUGUAACAUUCUCCAACUCGUCUGUGGCGGCUACCUCGGACUUUGUUCCCGUCAACGUUACGUCCGGGGUCAUGGAAUCAGAGGUAACCGACUUUGACGGGUAUUUUGGAGAUGUAGAGCCUCAAGACAGUCUCUGGGCCAUCGGACUUCACAGCCAGUAUGGAUCUGGGCAACCGGAUGUGUUUAUGGACUCGUUUUGGCCUCUGGACUGGACCAUGCCAGAUGUGGAUACGUUUUAA